ACUUGCGUCAACAUCGCAAAGGCUUCGCUGUCAGAGUGGUGAGUGGAAGGAGAGAUCCUGCCUUCCCCCCGUCCCUGCCCAUUCCAUCAUCCGAAGAGCAUCUUUCAUGCGUCUCCCUGGGCCCGAAUCCCACGUCAGGAUGAACUGUGAGCAGGAUUUUGGAGAUGGAGGCAUGAACGUCACUCUAACUCUCCGGCUGCUCAUGCACGGCAAGGAGGUCGGUAGCAUCAUAGGCAAGAAAGGAGAGACUGUGAAAAGGAUACGAGAGGAGAGCAGUGCACGUAUCAAUAUCUCAGAAGGCUCAUGCCCAGAGAGAAUCAUCACCAUCACGGGUGCCACAGAGUGUGUGUUUAGAGCCUUCACUAUGAUCACACUCAAACUGGAGGAGGACUUGGCUGCACUUGUGGCGAAUGGCACAGUCACCAGUAAGCCUCCAGUCACGCUGCGGCUGGUCAUCCCGGCCAGCCAGUGCGGUUCCCUCAUAGGCAAGGGCGGCUCCAAAAUCAAAGAGAUCAGAGAGAAAACAGGGGCUCAGGUACAGGUGGCAGGAGAUCUUCUGCCUAACUCCACAGAGAGAGGUGUGACAAUAUCUGGCAGUCAGGAUGCCAUCAUCCAGUGUGUCAGGCUCAUCUGCACUGUAAUACUGGAGUCUCCUCCAAAGGGUGCUACAAUUCCGUACCGCCCCAAUCCUGCUCCAGGCGCAGUGCUCAUUGCUGGAAAUCAGGUUUUCGAAACGUCAGAGUUUGCGUCUCACCCGCUUUUCUCAGUGGCUCAGGGAGGGCUGGAUCUGCAACAAGCUUAUACUGUACAAAACCAAUACGGCAUUCCACACUCAGAGUUGGCCAAGUUGCACCAGUUGUCCAUGCAGCACGGUCUUGCCCCCAUAGCUCAACCAACGGCCACCCCAGUUCUGUCUGCAGGUAUCGAGUCCAGUUCCCAGACAGCAUCACAAGAACUUCUCAUUCCAAAUGACCUGAUUGGUUCAAUAAUCGGCAGACAGGGUACAAAAAUCAACGAGAUCCGCCAGGUGUCAGGGGCUCAGAUCAAGAUCGGCAGUCAACUGGACAGCACUAGUGACCGACACGUCACCAUCACAGGCUCCCCAAUCAGCAUCAACUUGGCCCAGUAUCUAAUCACAUCCUGUUUAGAGACCGCCAAAUCCACUGCCCAGUCCUCCUCCAUGUCGACCCCUGUAGACCUCAACAUGAGCUUCACCCAGAGUGCUCCCCAUGCAUCGUCCUCUGCCGCAGCCCUGGCAGCGAUGGGCGGCCUGCCCCAUGCUCCAAUCUUGGGCGCCCCCUAUACCCUUCCCCUCUCCAGCCUCCUGGGAAUCAAAUCCGUCCCCUUCCUGACACUCUCGGCCCCUGCUGCCACAGCUGCUGCCGCCGCCGCCGCUGCCCCCACCCACGGCACCUUGGCCUCCUACACCGCCAAGAUCUCCUCCGCCAACGGCAUUAAGAAACCAGAGCGACAGAAGUUUUCGCCCUACUGAAGAGGAACUACUGAGUACCUCCUUUGUUUCCGAGAGAGGAAUACUUUGAGGGUUCUUCUCUUCUAGCCUGAUGUAGCGGUGUAGAAACAGACAGUACCAACUUAUUUUCUUUUUGGUUUAGUAGCUUGUCCUGAAAUAACUGUAGGAAAAUAAUGGCAUACAUUUUAAUUAUUACUUUUUUUUGGCUGAGGUAGCCGCUAAAGCCAUAGACUAUUCCUAAUCUCCCUUUUCCCCCGAAAUCUUUUCACACGUUUAUUGUCUGCUCUUAUUUAUUGAUAAUAACGAAAUAUUCCCGCAAAGAGUUUAUAACGUAGAACACUGUUGACUGAUGCUAAUCUCUUAUGUAUCAGCUUUUAUACAAUGAUGUCUGUGAAUGCUUCUGUAUACAACUUCCUGAUUUUUUUU